AUGGCAUUGGACAAAAUGUGGUCAACUCCGCAUUGGAAACUAUAUACAAGCAGGUGCCCAAGUGCUUGGGCUCAGCUAGAGCCGAAUACUCUAAUUGAAGCAGAAGGUUUGAGUGCUAACGCAAAAGCUCGAGCUGAAGCGUUGCGAUUGACAAGAAGCAGUUUGACGGAAGAGGAGUAUAGCGGCAGUGACAGAACAGGUGAUGAUACUGUCAGUGGGGAGAAUAGCGAAAUGACGGGGAGAGAAGGGGAUGAGAACGGCAAGUCUUUUACAUAUGUAUAA